AUGCACAACCCGGCGCUGAAGAUCAAGAUACCGCCAGCUUCGCUCAAUCGAACGGAGACGACUCGGAGUGCGUCGGAGGCACGAAAGUCCGACACCGUCGAGCGUCGAUCGCCCCCCGAAUUUACGCCCUUGCCCAGAAGGAAACGCCCAAGGCUCAACAGUGCCAGCAGUGACACGCCUUCUCCCCGCCCAGAUGCACCGUCUGCCGAGCAGGUCACUGAGCCUCCAAACGGGGAGCCUCCAGUGUCCGGCGGGGAACUGCUGUGUUUGCCUCCGAGUCCGCCUCCUGAGAUCAACGAGCAGACGCCCGCUGCAGAACGGUCACACUCUCCGUCUCUGUACACGGGCGAGACGGACGUCGACGUCGACGUGAUACAACUCGAGAAACUCGAACUGCAGUAUCCCGACGACGAGGACGACAACAGCGUUAUGCUGGAUGCCCAGGACCUCGGCAUCCAAAUUGUAGACGGUGCCCCUGCCGCCGUCGACCUCGAGGUGUUCAAAGAUCACGAGCCUGAGGGGCGACUAGCGGGUGCGAAUACGCCCCCUGGGCUCAGGCUGAUCAGUCCACCUCCAAGUCCCACCACAGAUGACGGGCCACUGGCAGCUCCCUCACACGUUGGCACUCCAGCCGGCGAUGGUUUGCCAGGCCCCUCAGGCUCCGAGUCGAACAACAGCCCGCCCCGCGAGCCUCUGCCGCCCGACCACCCCGUCGUGCGCUUCCUCGAGGGCAUCUGGGCGGGACGGUCGCCCCCGGCGCACUUCGCCCAUACGUUUGUCGAUCUGGGCUACGACACAGACGAGCAGCUCGACUUCCUCGCCCGUGCGCAGCCCGAGCUGGGCGACUGGGACGGCCUGAAGGAGGAUUUGCGUACUGAGAAGAAAUAUGAUGUGUGGUGGUUGCACGUGAAGGUCGGCUUGCGCGAGCGAGCGAGGAGGUCCCAGUCGCUGUGCUGCUUUGUCGUUGUCCCUCAUGUCGGAAAUACCUCAUUGUCCUCCUAUGUGUACCAGCAGUCGAUUGUAGAACAGACCAUUGCCACGUAUGCACUCGUAAUGUCCAACUUCACCACCCUCGACCCCUCCCCUCACACGCUCUCCGUCGGCCCCCCCGAGCAGGACGUCAAGCCGCAGAUUGACGCUCUCGCCAGUGCCGAGGCGCAGCCGGAGAACGACAGCCCCAGCGCUGGCAAGGACGCCUCACCGAAUGCCAUUCACCGCUGCCGGAGGUGUGGCGAAAAUGUAAAGUCCGUCCAGUUCCACCAGAGGACGGUUCACCAGAAGCGAUGCGUGGUUGUCUUCCCGGAUGGUACCAAGGAGACCCUCGUGAGGCCCGCGGACGGCGAGCGGUUCACUUGCACUAAAUGUUCGUAUGGGCACAGGGACCCUCAGUAUCUCCAGAUUCAUGCCAGGCAAAAAUGCAGCGCGCAGCCUCCUGAGGGUGGUCUCAAACCUGAAACCCCUCGCCGCAAGCGCAGAAAGACCCUGCACGUCUCUGGGAGUACAGAUACAGGCGACGAGUCGAGGAACACCGAUGAGCUGACGUCGACGAAAGAAGAAGGUCAGUCGCGAGCGGUGUCUCAGGCUGCAGUGGAGGGUCCGAGCCGCCCUCAGUUGGAGAUGCCAAGCAUUGAGACGAUCGACCGCCCUCGUUCCCCGUCUGCGUCGCCGUCCCUAUCCGAGCUGCAGCUCGAGUGGGCCGAAGAUUUCGAGCCCUCGACCUCGGCCCACAGUGCAUCCGCCGCGUCCACCGCCGCAAAGCCACACCGCGACGCAGACGAGUCUAUGGACCUCGACUGGCCUUCACCGCCCCCGCAGUCGCACAAAGCACCUUCUGCCUCUGCAUCCCCGGCAGCCCAGACCCAACCGCCUUCUCCUGCUCCAGCGGGCAUCGUCCCGCCACACAGCGCACAAACCACUACCCUAGUUAGGAGCACGACAUCCCACGCGUCGCCGUCAGACACCGACCAAACAUCUAGCUCAAGCUCGCCCGCAUGCCUGACAGUCGAAACCGCGAACCACCACUCGCACCGCGUGGCCCAGCAGCCCACGCCGACGUCAAGCAUCCCCCCAAGCCCUCUCCUGCCCCAGAGCACGGAGGACAUCACGGGGCGUUUCGCCCUCGUGCCCGCCUUCCCCUCGCACUCCCAGUGCACCGUCGCCGCGGCUCCCCAGCACCCAGCCCCCGCCCAGCCGCGCGCUGCCGAAGACGCAUGCACGCUCUCCGCCUCAGGCUCGAAUCCGCGGCCUCUAUCUCUGUCUCAGCGCCCGCCGCCCGCCGUCGACGCCUUCCUCCGGAGUGUUUCCCGCACCGCGCAGCCCCCGGCGCAUGUCGCGCAGGCGUUCCUCGCGCUCGGGUACGACACGGACGAGCUGCUCGACAUGCUCGCCCGCGGGCGCCCCGGCGAAGGCGACUGGGACCUCCUCGAGAAGGAGAUUGUGACGGAGAAGCAGUGGCAUGCGUGGUGGAUGCUGGUGAAGGACGGGUUGCGCGCGCGGGGGGCGAGGUUGAGUCACUGA